AUGGCUUCCCCAACGAGCCCAGAACCUAUCGCCGUCAUUGGCAUAAGCUGCAGUUUUCCCGGCGACGCUUCAGAGCCGUCCCGUCUUUGGGAUGCCCUGUCCGAAGGAAAAUCAGCAUGGAGCGAGGUGCCCGAGGAGCGUUUCAAUAUGAAAGCCUUCCAUCAUAGUGGAAAUGCUCACCCUGGUACGACCAACACCACGGGAGGCCAUUUCCUGAACCAAGACAUCGCCGCUUUUGACUGCAGCUUUUUCGAGAUCAAACCUGUAGAGGCUCAAGCAGUGGAUCCUCAACAACGCCUUUCGUUGGAGCUGGCAUACGAAGCAUUCGAAAAUGCCGGCUUAACACUUCGCCAGGUUUGGGGCUCUCGUACCGGUGUUUAUGUUGGUCAGUGGAGUUCUGACUACAGCGAAAUCCUGGCGCGAGAUCCAGAAUACCAGGAGCUCUACCAUACCCUUGGCAUUGGGCCUGCUAUUACGUCCAACCGCGUGUCGUACUUUUUUAAUUUGCGGGGUCCCAGUUUCACAGUCGAUACCGGCUGUUCUGCAAGCCUCGUCGCGUUACACAACGCUGUCCAAAGUUUACGAAGUGGCGAAAGUACAAUGAGCGUCGUCACUGGGGUCAAUCUCUUACUGGAUCCUCAGCGCUUUACUUAUCAAAGCAAGUUAAAGAUGUUCUCACCAGAAGGUCGCUCGUUUUCCUUUGACGAGCGCGCCAACGGCUAUGGCAGAGGGGAGGGCUGUGGUUGUGUCGUAUUAAAACCACUUUCUUCGGCGCUUAAAGAUGGCGAUCGAAUCCGGGCUGUUAUUCGCAAUUCAGCGUUGAACCAAGACGGUCGAACACCCCAAGGCAUUAGUGUGCCUAGUGGAGAGGCACAGGAAGAAGUAAUCCGCGCGGCAUAUGCAGAGGUGGGGCUUGACCCAACUGGAACGGACUACGUCGAAGCCCACGGGACUGGCACAGCGGUCGGCGACCCUAUCGAGGCUCAGGCAAUCGCUAACGUCCUCGCUCUGCCCCGAAAAUCAAGCCAAGGGCCACUGGUCAUUGGAUCUGUUAAGGGAAAUAUUGGCCACACCGAGAGUGCCGCUGGUAUUGCAGGGCUGAUUAAGUGCAUUUUAAUGCUCGAAAAUCAAGCUAUACCCCCGCAAGUCAAUUAUCAAAGCCCAAAUAAGGCUAUCCCGCUCGAAAGCUGGAACUUGAAGAUACCGACCACGCUGGAGCCGAGAGCUCUCGAACGAAUUUCUCUCAACAGUUUUGGAUACGGUGGCACUAACGCUCACGUUAUUGUUGAUCUUCUACAUGAGCAACGCCAUUCCAGCAACGGCCUCACCGGCACUCGAAAGCUUGAUGUUGACUACGCCACGGACCGACCGCGAGUAUUCAUCUUGAGCGGUGCCGAGGAGUAUAGCUGUCAUACGAACGCGGAAAGACUAGCACAGUACCUGGCAAAGCUGUCGGCCGCUGUGUGGGACAACGCCGAUGACUUUAUGGAUCGCUUGGCCGUAACAAUCAACAAGCGCACUGUUCAUGACAGGAGUACUUCCGUGGUGGCUUAUGACCUCGACGAUUUACUUGCACAGCUCGACAUCGUACAACAAACGCCCACAGCGGUCAGAGCACCAUUUAAAGACUGCAGCGUCGGUUAUGUGUUCGGAGGCCAGGGUGCCCAAUACCAUAAUAUGGGCCGGGAGAUGAUCAAGGAUUGGCCCGCUUUUCGCCAGUCUCUGCAGCGGGCCAACGCCCAUCUGCAAACGCUUGGCUGUACCUGGAACGUGCUGACCGAGCUCAGCCAUGACAAACCCCACGAUUCACAUGUGGACGAACCGGAAUAUGGCCAGCUGCUUUCGACUGCCAUACAGUUAGCUCUAGUUGACACGCUGACUGCUCUGGGCCAGCGUCCUACGUCGGUGGUGGGCCACUCCAGCGGCGAAAUUGCUGCAGCUUACGCUGUGGAUGCUCUCUCGUUCGAAGACGCGCUGACUGUCUCGUACCAUCGUGGGCGUUUGACGUCUCAAUUGAUCUCCACUGGCGUUUCGGGAGCUAUGCUCGCCGUCGGCACGUCUGCUGACACAGCGCAGGCAUACGUGGAGCGGAUAAAGAGCACGGGCACCAGCGAUGUGAAGAUCGCAUGCUACAAUAGCCCCGGGAGCGUAACGCUGUCGGGCAGUAACGGGGGUAUUGAGUCUGUCGCAGCCCUACUUCAGGACGAUAAUAUUUUCAACCGCAAGCUUAAGACAAAAGGAGCUGCGUACCAUUCCGCAAUGAUGCAUAGCAUAGAAUACGAGUACCGUUCAGCCAUAGCGAGCAUUAAGCCACGCCCACUGGCCGGGCAGAUGAUGUCGUCGUUGACAGGCAAAAAGCUGCCCGCUGGGUUUCUAGUCGAUGCAGACUACUGGGCACGCAACCUGACCUCGCCUGUCCUAUUUGCAGGAGCCUUGCGAGGUAUGAUGCAAGGCAGCGAGCCUGACGGACGGCAUGACUCGGCACACCACGUCAAUUUCCUUCUGGAAGUAGGACCUCACGCGCAGAUGCAGGGCGCAGUCAAGGAAACGCUGCAACAGUUGGGAUCUUCGAUACGUGCUCACUACGCGACUUGUCUCAACAGGAAGUCCAGCGCGGCGGAGAGCAUGCUGCGCGCUCUCGCCGACCUCUGCACCAUGGGAGCGCCAGUCGACCUUCACCACGCGAAUGGCGGCUUCCGGUCCCGUCCACUUCAAAUUUUGAACGAUGUGCCGCCGUAUGCCUUCAACCACAAGAAUAAAUAUUGGCACGGAGGCCGCGUCUCUCGCGAAUUCACUCAUCGUCAAUUCUUGCCGCAUGAGCUGCUGGGUAACCUGUCCGCCGACGUGAACCAUACCGAGCCGAAGUGGCGUCGCUUCCUGCGACUUAAAGAAUUGCCUUGGCUAAAGAACCACAUGGUGCAGGGCCAGAUUGUUUUCCCCGCGGCUGGAUAUCUUGCGAUGGCGCUCGAGGCGAUGCGCCGACAGGCUGCCUUCAAGACCGACGGCCAGUCGAAGACGGUUCUCGGCUAUUCGUUCAGUAACUGUAGCUUUUCUCGUGCGCUGGUGCUCUCGGAGAACGAUACGGACCGCGAGAUCUGCCUGUCGUUGCGCCCGGAAACCCACAGCGCCAGGGCUUCGUUCCAGGAGUGGAAAGAGUUCCGAGUCUUCUCGAUAAAAUCCGACGCGAGCUGGACUGAGCAUUGUCGUGGUCGCAUCCGUGCCGUCACUGAUAGUACUAUGCUUACAGAUCGUCUACACGACAUCACCGAAGUCAAGCAGCACAGUGUCGCUGCUUUGUCGCAUCACAUCACCUCGACUCGUUUCUACUCAACCGCUCGCCAGGUCGGGAUGGAAUGGUACGCUCCUUUCGAUAACGUGGUGGACUUGCAGGGACGAUCAGAUUCCUCCGUGACAAAGAAUAAGAUGCCAAGUCUGGAGGCCUCGACCCAUCCCUUUGCAGAUUCGCCGUACGUCGUCCACCCUGGGAUGCUUGAUUCUACCCUCUUCCACGGCAUUUGCGCCAGUCUGCUAGUCGAACGAGAAGGCAAGACACCCGUGGUGCCUACUUUUAUCCGGUCACUCGUCAUCUCGACGGCUUUCGAAGUCUCAGCCGGAGCCGAGUUGGUCACAUAUGCCCUGGCCACGGAGAAGGGUACUAGCUGGGACGUCCAGGUGGAGUCGCAGAACCAGCCUAUGAUGAGCGUGCAUGGGGUGAAUCUGGCAGAAUUGCCCGGGAGUGUUAAGAUGGAGACAACACGACAGUUGGCUCACAGCCCAGAGUGGGUGAGUCAUUUUCCGAGCAGCACACAGGCGCAGAUCGUAGAAACGUGCAACUCGGCAUUGUCUGUCAAGUCCGCCCGCAAGGUCAACGAUGCGCUUACAGCUGAGGUCCGCGCUCACGUGAAGCGGGCUCUGGACCAGGUGCAGACACACCAAGUCGCGGCGGGCUAUCAACAGUUGUGGUACGCGUGGAUGCAAACCUUGAUGGCUACUCCGUUUGAUCCCAUCGAGUCAGGUGCAGUGGAGGAGCAAGACGUGAAGAUGUCCGAGUCAAUCGCCCUUUUCGAAGCCGUGAAGAUCAUUGGCGACAAACUGCAGGAUUUGCUCGUCGGCACCGCAAAUCCCAUAGCCCUCCUGACUCCGAACGAUCUGCUCGGCAGGUUGUAUUCUGAGCCUCGGAACCAGCGCUGCUAUGAGCAGAUCAACGCGUACUGCAAGACGAUGGGCCUACACAACCCAUCUCUCCGUGUACUAGAGGUGGGCGGUGGAACAGCCUCUGCCACUCUGCCCUUGCUGCAGGCAAUGUCGCAUGAGGGCAAUCCACUGGUCGCACAAUACGACUUCACGGAUAUAUCCACGGCAUUCUUCCCUGCCGCCACCAAAAAAUUGGCCGAAUACUCCCACAUCGUCGAUUGCAAAGCAUUUGACCUACAGGAGCUUCCUGAGACCCAGGAUUUCGAACUCGGAAGCUACGACAUUGUGAUCGCAUGCAAUGUCGUCCACGCCACCCCCAGCAUAGCGACUUCUUUGGAGCACCUCCGUCAGCUGCUUCGUCCGGGUGGAACGUUGAUUCUAAUGGAAAUCACCAAGCUCGAGCCGUUUUACAACCUCAUCUUUGGCUCCUUGUCUGGAUGGUGGGCGGGCGCCAGCGAGGGUCGGGUGACUUCAGCCAUUCUCUCCGAGAACGAGUGGAAGCAGACACUCGAGAAACAGGGCUUUCAACCGGACCCAGUCUUCGUGUCCGACUACGCCGCCUCAGAGGGCGGAUCCAUCAGCGUUAUCCUCGCCAAGACUCCGGAAGAGCAUAAGCCGGAUUUGAGUGAACUUUCGCUUCACUUCGCGAGCGGCAAGCUCGACGCUGAGGCGGAGGGGGGCCUUGAAAACGUGGCUGAACAGCUCCGCAAUCGCUUGGGCACUGCCGUGCGCCAGGUAACCAUUGGCGGUUUGGAGCACAUCCACGACAUAGCACGUACGGUGCUCAUCUUGGGUCCGGACACGUGCGAAGCGCUGUCUGGCCGCAUGGAUGCUGCGCUUUGGCAGGCAUUCCAGCGAUGCGCACUGUCAUGCAAGGCUAUGCUGUUCAUCACACGAGGCGCUACAGGAAAGACUCCCGUGCCGAAUGGAGCGUUGACGCUCGGCUUCGCUCGGUCCAUGAGGUUGGAACAACCAAACACCCGUUACAUUACGCUCGAUCUUGAUCCGAGCGUCCCUUACGGCGCCAACGAAAGAUUGAGUCACUUGCUAACGCAGCUCCUAACCUCUGAGACCAUGGAUUUCAAGCGCCCGACCGCCAAGGUGGAUUGCGAGUUCGCCGAACGGGAUGGACAAAUCCAUGUCAACCGGCUCUUCAACAACCCAGAGCUCGAGCGAUACGUUGAACAAUCCAUGGCACGCGCCAAGCCGAAGCCGACGAUGUUCCUGGACCGCUCGAGGCCACUUAAGGUCGAGCUCGGGGUCCAAGGGCUGCUGGAGACGUUCCGAUGGGUGGAUGACCACGAGAGCGCGCGUGCCCUGGAGCCGGACGAGAUCCGCAUCGAGGCUCGCGCAGGCAGCAUCAACUUCCGCGACGUGCUCAUCGCCACCGGCGAGCUUGGAGCCUCGGCAAGCAUGAUGAACGACUGCGCCGGCACGGUGCUUGAAGUGGGCAGCGACAUGAGGUCGCGAUACGUGGUUGGCGACCGGGUGUGCAGCUACCACGCUCAGGCCUAUAACAAUUAUCCUAUCGCUCAUGGCGACGUGUGCACCCGCAUCCCAGACAACGUCUCGUUCGCGCUAGGCGCAUCUCUGCCCAUUGUUUGGGCGACGACAUACCACUCGCUAGUCAAUGUGGCCAGGCUGCAGACGGGAGAAUCUAUCUUGGUCCACGCCGCUGCUGGCGCCGUUGGUCAAGCAGCGGUUAUCCUGGCUCAGCAUCUCGGCGCCGUUGUAUAUGCCACUUGCGGAUCACCGGAGAAACGCGCGCACGUCGAAAGCCUUGGAGUGCCGCCCAGUCGCAUCUUCACCAGCCGAUCGACCAUCUUCGGGCCGGCGCUCCGUGCUGCGACCGACCAAAGGGGCGUUGAUGUCGUGUUGAAUUCAUUGAGUGGUGAAUCGUUCCGAGAGUCCCUAGAGUGUAUGGCGUCCUUCGGGCGCUUCAUCGAGAUUGGCAAAAAGGACUUCCUGGACGAUGCGCUGAUGCCGACCAAGUUCCUGCUACGUAAUAUUACCUUUGCUUGCGUGGACUUGACGCAGAUGAUCGCCGAGGACAAGAACCUCGUGCAAACUUUGCUCAAGAACGUAGUCGACCUGGCCGCGACGGGGAAAUUGAAGCAAGUCAGUCUCCAAACGUACAACCUGGGCAACAUCGAGAGUGCGUUCCGACUGCUCACGGCCGGCAAGCACAUUGGCAAGGUCGUGUUGACUAUGGAUCAGGAGGAAAAAGUGCCGGCACUUCCGGCAGCCACCAGCAUCCCCAAGCUACAGCCCGAGGCCACGUAUAUCUUAGUGGGUGGCUUCGGAGGUCUAGGCCUACGUCUUAUCCGCUGGCUAAGCGCGAGAGGUGCGCGCACCAUCGUUACGCUGUCGCGAUCCGGGGAUAAGUCUCCCAUUGCACGUGCAUGCAUCAAGGAGUUCGCCGCGCAAGGGGUCAAACUUCUCGCGAAGGCUUGUGACAUCUCCUCCAAGGAGGCGGUGGGCGCUGUCGUCAGGCACCUGCACGCCGUCGACAGGGUAGGCCCGGUUCGUGGAGUCAUUAAUGCCGCUAUGGCGCUUGAGGAUACAGUAUUCGAACAGAUGACAUAUGAGCAGUGGACGGCGGCGUUGGCUCCCAAGGUCGCCGGCACUUGGAACCUACACGACUUCUUGCCAAGCGACAUGGACUUUUUCGUUGCCCUAUCCUCCAUCGCUGGCAUGAGCGGACACGAGGCUCAGGCAAACUACACGGCAGCCUGUACUUUCCAGGAUGCCUUCGCCCAUUACCGACGGAGCCGAGGCCAAGCCGGGUAUUCGAUCAAUGUUGGGGUCGUUGGCGAUGCUGGCUUUGUCAGUGAGACUCCAGCGGCGUUGACUAUCAUGCAACGCCAGGGCUUCACUACCAUUACAGUCGCCGAGCUUCUUGCAACCCUCGACUAUGUCCUCUCCUCGAGCGGAGCGGAAAGUCAAGCUAGCAUCGGUUUGAUCCCCGAAGUCGGCAAGAACAAAGCUGAAUGGUUAAUUCAACGCCGACUUGCACAUCUGGUUCAGAACUCGGCUUCAGCGAAUGCUUCGUCGGACGAUAGUGGCGGCGACGCGGAUCUGCUAGAUCAGAUCAAGCGUGCCAAGACUGCACAGGAAGCUCUCGAGGCCGUCAAGAGUGCUGUACUGGUCGAGUUAAGCAAACUGACCGUCACUCCCGUCGACAACAUUCAGCCUCACCGGACACUGGACGCAUAUGGCGUUGAUUCUUUGGUAGCAGUCGAGUUCCGCAACUGGAUCGUGGCAAAACUUUCCGCUGACCUCUCUCUCCUGCUGAUCCGCGAGUCCAAAAGCAUCGAGGACCUUAUUCGUUUGAUUGCUGGAACUUCAAGAUUGGUUGCAAGCAAGGUUCAGCAAGAGGUGCUAAAACUAUCGUGA